GGGACAAUGUCACCAAGAAUUAUUCCUUGUACAGCAGCGAAGAAGAUGCAUUUGUCAUCAUGUCGAUCUGCAUUGGAAGGCUCCAGUGCUGUCAACCUCUUCCAUGAAUCAGAUAGACCAUGGUGUAGACAGGGCCAAUUAUAUCAUGAUGUAAGAAUCGUAUCUGCAACGCAAAGCAAUGACUUGGUCUUGUGUAGUAGCGCUGGAGGACUCCUGCAUGCUGCCUGGUGUUGUGGGCAAUUCCCAAUGUGUUGAUGAGUGCCACGUGUCAGGGUUGAGAAAGCAGCAGGAGCGGCUGAGAGGCGGAGCAUUGACACCUGCUGUAAUAUUAUAGCAAGAGUGGAUUCUAAGAGCAUCUCAGCAAGGAGAUGGAGAUGGCUAUGAUGAUGGAUAAGGUGGGAGGAAUGGAGGAGCUCUCUUUGGUGAUAGAGAAGGAGGAGAAGAAGGUGGUUGUGGGGUUGGAGAAGGAGAUGGUUAUGGCAAUGGCGAAGGAGAUGGAGAAGAGGGAUGUGGCGAUGAAGAAGGAGAAGGCUAUGGCUACGGAGGAGAAGAAGGAGAUGCAGAAAAUGUCUGAGGCGAAGGACAAGGAGAACGAGAUGCAGAAAGAAAUGCAGAGACAAUUACAAAGAGGCAUGGAGAAGGCAAUGGCUAUGGCUAUGACGAAGAGGGAGAGGGAGGCAAAAAUGGAGAGAGAGAGGGAGCAGGAGGUGGAGAAAGAGAUGCACAUGGGAAUAGAUAGGGAGAAGGAGAUAGAGAGGGAGAUGGACAAGGAAAUGGAGAAAGAAAUGGAAAAGGACCUUCCUAGCUUAAGGCAACAGCAGGAACAGAGUGAUGUGCAGCAGCCACCAGCAAUGGAAACAAGCAAGGAUGGGGCAUCAGAGGGAAAUGCGGUACUGUUUGAAUUGCAUGAGAAAUCGUUGGAAAUUAGAGCGCUGAGAGCUGCAUUGAGGUUUCACAUGGAGAAGGAACGAGGCAUGGAGGAUGAGAUUGAGAGUUUACAGAACCGACUGGAGAAGCUGGAGGAGCGAGCCAUGCCGGAAGUUGCUGCUGCUGUUUGUGAUGGUGACAUGAUUGGGCAAGGGAACCCUGUGAAAUCUAGGGGGGUAGGGAGGAGAGACAUGCAUGACGAACAUCUUUUGGAUGAAAUUGAACAACUCCGAAUGCAAUUGGUUGAGAGGGAGGAGGUUAUGAGGUGGUAUGAGAACAAACUGACAGAGAAGAUGAUGGAUGAAUUGCGAUGGCGAAGGGAUGUGAAAGAUGCACAGGAUGAUGCUAGACAGCUGAAGAAGGCGAUGAAGGAGCUUGAGGAGGAUCUUCAGCGAACUUUCUUGGCUCUGAAGAAAUCGGAAGAGAAGGAGGCACACGUCCUUAACUUGUGGAGGGAGAUGGAAUCCCAUACCCGAACGCUGGUGAAAGAACGUGAUGCUCUUGCAAAGGAUGUGUCUUCUGUCAAUCAACAGUUGAAAGCAAAGGAAGAGGUGAUGGCACAGUUGAAGAACGAGAUUGCUGAGACGGGAGACAUGAUGAGGCAGAUGCAAGUCAGGGAAAUGGUACACUCAGAGGUCAUUUCAAGGGUUGUACGAGAAGUUGAGAAAAGAGGAAGUCGCAUUCAAGCCGUCGGAAGCCUCAAACAACAUGGAGGGAUCGGAAGAACGGGAACAAGAAUGGGAGAGGGAAUAGGCAGUGGUGACAGUGAGUUGAGCCAUGGAGAGGCAAACGCACAGUCUCUGAAGGCUCAGAACCCUCUUAGGAAUAAUCACAACAACAACAACAAUAUCACAAAUAAUGCAAGCGAUAUGGCUAACAUGAACAACAGUGAUUGCCAUAAUGAUGGCACAGGUGGUGGUGAGCGACGAUGGACAGAGAUGGUAGUAAGAGAGAAACAGGGGCUGUGGAAACAAGCGGGAAGGAAGGAGGAUGAGAUGGCGAAACAGGCUGCGUUUAUGUCUGAGAAAUUGAGGAUUGCAGAGCUUGAGAAGUCAAAGAGUAAGAAGUUGAUGGUCCGAAUGAAGGCGGAGAUUGAUAAGAAAGAUAGAAAGCUAAGGGACAUGACUGAGAGAGUCAAUACCUUACAGCUCCAGAUUGAGGCCAUGGCCUGGGCUACAGAUGCGAAAGCACCAAGCUGCUGCGAUGAGCAUGCCAAAGACAAGCAGCAGCAGCUGCUCUUCUCUUCUGUCAACAACCCCACUGCCACAUGCUCUCAUCAGCUGCAGCAGGAGCAUAAUGGUGAUGGCUGUGCUCAUUGUAGCUGCAAGAUGGGAAAAAUGGUUGAACACAAUAGCAGCGGCAGCUAUAAUAGUGUGGAGGCGUCUAUUGCAGCGGAGAUAGGAAUAAGGAUGGAGAGCCAGAAGUUGACCCAGCAAAAACAGCUUGAGGAGGAAGAGGAGAAGGGAGAAGGGAGCAAGAUCACGAAGGGAUACAGACGCCUGGAAGCAAAAUCAGAAUCUUGUCAGCAGUGUGAAGAUGUCCAACGAGCCAUGGAAAAUAUUACGCAAGCAAUGAAAGUGGAGACAUUGAAGAAGGAGGCAGCGAUGGCCAAACUUGAUGGGGCGCUCGCAAAGUUAGAGGCAAGAGAAAGAGAGGUGGAGAGAUUGCAAGAGGUGCUUAGUGAGAUGGAGGACGACAAAGUUACCUUGUCAAUGAGAAUUCAUCAGAAGUGUAAGGCACUGACAAGAAUUGAAGAAGAAAUGAGAGAUCGAGAAUUGUUGCAGGAGGCUCUGGAGGAAAAGAUUGACAGAUUGACGGAAGAGAGAGAGGAAUUAGAACUGGAGUUGGAAAGUGAGAAAGACCUAAACAAAAGGUUAAGAGAUGAAAGAGAGCAAUUGGAGGAAUCUAUGGCGAAAAUGCAGGAAGAGGUGGGCGGCUUUAGGUGUAGAUUGGAAGAUGCAGAGAAGAGAGCUAUGGAGAAGAACAGAGAUGCAGACGUGAUGGAAAAGUUCUUUGAGGAGAUUCAUCAAAGAGAUGAAACAAUCAAAGUUCUGCAGGUGGGAAUUAAACAGCUGGAAACACUCAUCACAGGAAAAGAUGGGUAUAAACCUCAAUCGGAAGCUUGUGAAAGGCACAAAAGCAUGUCACUGUCUGUGACAUAUGAUGAGGAUGACCACAGCAAACAUACGGAGGACAAUCAUGAUCAUCACCUUCGCGACCAUGAUUAUCAAUACGAUAGGGAGAGGGAGGACUUGGAGAAGAAUGAGGAAAACGAGGAGAAAUGGGAGGAGGCAAAGAAGAAGCUGCUGCGUUCAAGACCAGAUGUUCAGGCCAAGUCUUCGCUAGUCAAUGGACUUAAUGAGAAGGAGGAAGAACGGAAUGCUUCAUUAGCUCCUCCUCCUCCUCCUCCUCCACCACCCCGUCCUCCUCUUGCUUGGGGUUGGCAUGAUAGUGAGAAAACUCAGAAAAGGCUGCAGCAGCAUCAGGAUAGUGACUGCAGGACAGGCGGCACUUCAUCGAGCCAUAUUUCAAAAGCACCAAGUUGCUUAGAUAGAAUUUGCCAUGCUGGUCCUCACGAUGGUGGUUAUACGCAAGUGUCACCACCCAAAAGCCGUGUGAUUGAUGCAAUAAGGACAACCAUGGCAACUGGACAGAUCAGCGGUCUCUCACAUGACUUUGGUGACAGUCUGUGCUCCCCAAUGAUGACAUCAAUAACCGGGAGGAGUAAAACUAAGUCUGGUGGGAAUGGAUUGCACAAUCAUAGGCCCUCCCCCAUGAGACUGCAAAGUCUUCAUGAAAGUGACUGCCUUGUGGAGACAGGGACUUGUGAUGAUGACAGGAGCAGCGGUAGCAGCCGCCACCGCCGCCGCAGCAGCAGCAGCAGCAAUUGUGAUGACGCUGACCAUGAUGAUGAUGUUGACGACGAUGCAUUUUCUGAUGAGGGCUCUUCGUGGUCGCUUAAUUUGCAAGACUGUUGGAAGUUUAUUCAUAAGCAGCUGCUGUGGGUUUUUGAUUUACAUCAGGAUUACAGUACAGUUGUUGCAUACUCGUGAAACACAGUCAUAAGUAUGGCGCAGAUUCCCAGAACCGACCAGAUAAUACAGAGUUAAUCAAAUGCAAGCGGAAGA